GCCCUAUGUAUAUACCAUAACUUAAUGAGCAUUCCUGGGAAAACAGCAGCGAGUGGUUCAAUUCAGUUAUACGAAAUGGUCGACUGGGUCAGUUGGAUUUUGGAGGCGGUCUACUCUUAUGGUCACCUGAUCGGUGCCAGCAACUUUGAGUUUAGCUGGCAAACAGGCCGGGUCUUCACUGCGAAAUCGACUACUUUCUACGCCAUUGCAAUCAACUCGCUUAUGGUUAUUCUCUAUUCCUAUCAAUGGAUCGGGCCUACAAAUGAAAUGAAUUUGGUCUUUGGGAAGGAAAACCAGCUGCACGAAUGUGUUGUUAUUAUCAUAACCGGAAUGAGGAUCUCUGGAGGACUAGUUACGGUGCUUAACAGAUGGCGUCAGCGUAGCCAGAUAAUGGACUUAACCCGAAACGUGCUUCGUCUGUUCUUAAACAGGCCGCAACCGAGGAAGAUGGCACGCUGGAGAAUAUCUACCAAGCUCCUCACCGGAUUUGUGACCGACCUUCUUCAAGUUAUAAUCACCUUGGAUGCAGUGGGUCGCGUGAACUCCCAGUUCUACAUGGGGAUGGCCUUGCAGUUCUGGAUGUCGGCCAUUCUCAACUUGGCCGUAUCGCAGCAUUACCUGAUAAUGCUUUUAAUUCUGACGCAGUACCAACAACUCAACUGUGAGCUGCGACAGGUGGUCGAUGAGAGUAGGGAGUUGAGCAGGAAUCCUCCGCGACAGGGGGUUUUCAUGACCAGGUGUUGUUCCCUGGCGGAUCGGUUGGAGAGCAUAGCCCAGCUUCAGAGCCAGCUGCAGUCGAUUGUGCACCAAUCGGAUCGAGUAUUUGGGGUCCAGGGGAUCACGGUCUACGGUGGCUAUUACAUGACCAUGGUUGCCACUGCUUACCUGACCUAUAGCAUCCUUAAAAAUGGCUACGAGGAAAUGCACAUGACCUUUAAAGCUGUGAUCCUAAGCUACACUUGGUGGUUAGUUUACUACCUGGAUGGCGCGCUCAGUAUGUUCGUCAUAUUUUUUGUCCUGGACGAGCACAAAAAGAUGAUGGUUCUUUUGGAGGAGAGAACAUUGUUUGCCGCUGACUUGGAUGUGCGCCUGGAAGAAUCCUAUGAAAGCUUUCAGCUUCAGGUGACGCGAAACCCUUUUAAAAUGGAAGUUAUGAAAUUAUACGAAAUCAAUCGCAGCAGGACCAUGGCCAUGUUCGCAAGUUUCAUAACGCAUUCAAUAUACCUAAUUCAAUAUGACAUGGAAAACUUCUAA